AUGGAAAGACUUCAGAGAUUGAUGAUGAAUCAAAGAGCAGGUGUUAUGGGAGGUGCGGCAACAGCCGAAUCGCCUAUGGAUGACACGAAAGAGACAGUAUACAUAUCGUCGCUUGCUCUGCUUAAAAUGUUGAAGCAUGGUCGUUUGGGCGUUCCUAUGGAAGUGAUGGGGCUGAUGCUAGGCGAGUUUGUUGACGAUUACACAGUAAGCGUGGUUGACGUUUUUGCCAUGCCUCAGUCCGGAACAGGAGUAUCGGUAGAAGCUGUUGAUGACGUAUUCCAGGCCAAGAUGAUGGAUAUGUUGAAGCAGACGGGUAGAGAUCAAAUGGUAGUCGGCUGGUACCAUUCCCACCCUGGAUUUGGGUGCUGGCUUUCUUCGGUAGACGUCAACACGCAGAAGUCUUUUGAACAGCUGAACAGUCGAGCAGUAGCUGUCGUCGUUGACCCCAUACAGUCUGUUAAGGGAAAGGUUGUGGUAGAUGCUUUCAGGUUAAUCGACACUAAUAUGAUAAUGAGGAAUCAGGAACCAAGGCAAACCACAUCGAAUGCCGGGUUGUUAAACAAACCAAAUAUUCAAGCUUUGAUUCACGGUUUGAAUAGGCACUAUUAUUCUCUGAACAUCGACUACCAUAAGACAAACGCCGAGACCAACAUGCUCUUAAAUCUGCAUAAGGAACAAUGGCAAUCCGGUUUGAAAAUGAACGAUUAUCAAGAAAAAGAGCACAAGAACCUUCAAGCUACGCAGGAUAUGCUCAAGAUUGCAGAGCUCUAUUCAAAGAGAAUCGAGGAAGAAAAGGAUUUAACGGAAGAAGAAUUAAAGACACGAUAUGUAGGCAAGCAAGACCCCAAAAAGCAUCUUUCCGAAACGGCUGAAGCUGUACUAGAGGAUAACGUUGUAUCAGUUCUGACAGCGAACGUCAACGCAUUUGCUUUGAAGUAG